UUUUAUGUUUUUCUUAUGCAGACAUCUCCAACCCUGCUUACAAUGUUGGAGAAGCUUGUACCAUUAAUUGACGAUUGGUUCUACACAAUGCUAGCCUCCCUGCCUGCCAAUCUAUGCACCAUAAAACGUAACUUGGCACACCAUUUUUGCCGGGUUCUGCGUCGACUCAUCUCACUAAACAAGAUCUGGGAUUCACUGGUUGGACUGUUACAAAAUGCAGAUUCCAUUUCCAAGAUGUUGUCUGACUGGAGAAGGACCAAUGUGGAAGAGAUUUGCUCUGAGGUUGCUUUUGGUAUCAAACGGCCUGAAUCCAGACACGUGAUGUUGACUUUGUUCAAAGAGUUUGAGUAUCUACUGGAGAGGCAAGCUGGGCCGGAUAAGUUGAUGCAAUGGUUUGAGACAGUGGUGGAGCGUUAUGUGACAGCAGCGGCCAGAAAACGUGGUUGCCCAGUGAGACAGAUUGCUCGCCACUUCUUGCUCAUCUGGGUCACUGUAGGGACCAGAGUCCUUCGUGAUCUAACUCUCGCCUCCACACUUUCAUUUGGUGAGUCAUGAAAGUCAUCUAGUCACACAUGUACUUCAUCUGCCUAAGAAAAGCUAAGAGGAAUCUU